AUGGUUCUUGCUCUCUGGGAAGAACGCGCAAAGAGUGCGCGGGAUUUUCGCGACCACACUCUGAGCAAAGUUGAUCCUCCCUUUGACCCUCUCCCCGAUCCACUGCCGCUGUCGUCUCAAGAGCUGCCAAAGAAGUAUCUCACGGCCAGAGAAUAUGAACUUACCCAGAAACAUGAUGCCAUUGAGCUUCUUGAAAUGCUGCGGACCAAGAAAGUCACCUCGGAGGAAUUGACCCGGGCUUUCUUGCGCAGGGCAGCUCUGGCGCAAUAUGCUGUCAACUGCGUGACGGAAUUGAUGUGGGAUGAGGCACUUGAGCGAGCGAAAUAUCUUGACUCUCUUUCCGAGCCCAUCGGUCCCCUCCAUGGACUUCCCAUCUCGGUGAAAGAGCACCACGGAUUGAAAGGCAAAACGUGCCACGCGUCGUAUGUUGCUUGGAUUGGCACGGAGUCCUUGGCAAGUUCACUGAAUGAUUACCUGUACAAUGCUGGAUGUGUUUACUAUGUUCGCACCACGGGUCCGCAAACACUCAUGGCUCUGGAGUGCAACAACAACAUAUAUGGUCGAACGGUCAACCCCUGGAAUCGCAAUUUGACCUGCGGUGGAAGCAGUGGCGGAGAAGGCUCUCUGGUAGGCUUCAGAGGAAGUGUCUGGGGACUUGGUGGCGAUAUCGGCGGCUCCGUGCGGGCUCCAGCAAGCGAUAAUGGAAUAUACGGCUUCAAACCGACCUCCAGACGCCUCUCGCUACAGGGUAUGAAAGCUACCAACAAGGGUAGAGAUUCUGUCAUGGCGACAUACGGUCCUCUCACUCAGUCUCGAGAAACGAUCAACCUCUUCAUGAAAAUCAUCCUGGACAACGAGCCGUGGCGGCACGAUCCUUGGCUCACCGUCAAGCCUUGGACCCCCGUGACGUUUACAAAGCCCCUGAAGAUAGCCAUCGAAUGGUCUGAUGGUGUGGUCAAGCCGCACCCGCCCACCUUAAGGGGCUUGAAGAUCGUCGCCGAUGCUUGCAAAGCGGCUGGUAUGGAGGUUGUUGACUGGGAACCGUAUCAACACGACAGAGCUUGGGAUAUUGUAUCGCGUCUGUACUUUCCUGACGGUGGAGAAGACACCUUAGCUCCAAUCAAGGAAGCCGGGGAACCUAUUCUUCCUCUCACCAAGUUCAUCACCGAGGAGCAGCCCCAAGUCAAAAAGCUCGACAUGCACGAGUAUUGGGAGCUCUGCUGUGAGCGAGACGCGUACCGUGAAGAAUAUGCCGAACACUGGAACAAAACAGCUGACUCCGGCCAGGAAGUGGACGUUAUCGUGGCACCAGUAACGCCUGGAGCAGCGCCUCUCCACGAUACUGCUCGCUAUUGGCCUUACACAAGCCAGUGGAACUUGCUGGAUUAUCCCGCUGUUGUUUUCCCAGUGACUUUUGUCGACGUCGAAGAGGACAAAAAGGAAGAAGGGUACACCCCGAUGAAUGACCAGGACAAAUACAAUCAUGACCUAUAUGACGCGGAGAAGUGGGUUGGAGCGCCUGUCAGCCUUUGCAUCGUCGGGAGAAGACAGAUGGACGAAAAGGUUAUGGCUGCGUUAGAAGCGGUGGAGAAGGCGAUGGGGCGGCAGUAG